AAGCACCAAUUAUUGCCAGCCAAAUGAAAAAUCAGCAGAAGACGAAGUCUUCAUCUCCACCACUACUUAUAGUAUAAACACCAUCCAACCAUUUUCAGUGCACUGCAAGGACAAAUAGCCCAACAAUUCAAAGGAACCAGUUACCGCCACUCAAACAGAAAACUGAGUUUGUGCUAUGGCCGUGAGACUAUUGUCAACUCCAACUGCUCUGUCUCACCCAACAAAGCUCUCCUUCUUCUCAUCACCCAAACCCAUAUCAACAGCAACCUCCUUCUUUCAAUGGAGAUCCAAGUGCAGAGUUUUUACAAGGAAAAUGGUGGUAAAGGCAUGUGUUAAGGUGGAAGAAAAGAAUGUGAAAGAAACUAGUAAACAAGAAUGGGGCAAGGUGUCUGCUGUACUUUUUGACAUGGAUGGAGUGUUGUGCAAUAGUGAGAACCCUUCUAGAAAGGCUGCUGUUGAUGUUUUUGCAGAGAUGGGUGUCCAAGUCACUGCGGAGGACUUUGCUCCUUUCACUGGAAUGGGUGAAGCAAACUUUUUAGGAGGCGUUGCUUCUGUUAAGGGUGUUAAAGAAUUUAACACUGAGGCAGCAAAAAAGAGAUUCUUUGAGAUAUAUCUUGAUAAGUAUGCAAAACCUAAUUCUGGAAUAGGAUUUCCAGGUGCUUUUGAGCUCAUUAAUGAGUGUAAAAACAAAGGCCUAAAAGUUGCUGUUGCAUCCAGUGCUGAUCGUGUCAAGGUUGAUGCUAACUUAGCUGCUGCUGGAUUGCCAUUAUCAAUGUUCGAUGCUAUUGUGUCAGCAGAUGCUUUUGAGAAUCUGAAACCUGCUCCAGAUAUUUUCUUAGCUGCAUCAAAGAUAUUAGACGUUUCCCCUGAUGAGUGUAUUGUUAUUGAAGAUGCUUUGGCUGGAGUACAGGCUGCUAAUGCAGCAAAAAUGAGAUGCAUAGCUGUGACAACUACAUUGACAGAAGAGACUCUAAAACCUGCUGGUCCAUCAAUUAUCAGAAAUGAUAUUGGAAGUGUUUCACUUGAUGAUAUUCUCAGUGGUGGCUCAGAUGAGAUGGUGCAGGAUAUGCAGUUUCUGCAAGUUACUGAACAAAAUCCAUCAAGAAUUCUCAAUGAAAGAACUCGAAAUGGAUCAACCCCUGGUGUGGAUGUUCCUAGCAAUGAGGUCUUCUCCCUUCAGGGGUUGCAGGGUUCUAGGCGAGACAUAUUGAGAUAUGGAAGUUUGGGCAUUGCUUUAUCUUGUCUCUACUUUGCUGUUUCAAACUGGAAGGCAAUGCAAUAUGCAUCACCGAAAGCUAUUUGGAAUAUGUUGUUUGCAGCCAAGAACCCAUUUUUUGGUCCCUCUGAAGAUGAAUCGCGUUCUGCAAGGAUUCAACAAUUUGUGAACUAUAUAUCUGAUCUGGAAUCCAGGGGAACUGCUCCAAAAGUGCCAGAAUUUCCAGCAAAGCUUGACUGGCUCAAUACAGCACCACUUCAGUUUCAAAGGGAUUUGCAAGGAAAAGUAGUUUUGCUGGACUUCUGGACCUAUUGCUGUAUAAAUUGCAUGCAUGUUUUACCAGAUCUAGACUUUUUGGAGAAGAAAUACAAAGCUAAGCCUUUCACGGUUGUUGGAGUGCAUUCGGCAAAGUUUGAUAAUGAGAAGGAUUUAGGGGCCAUCCGUAAUGCAGUAUUGCGCUAUGGCAUCACACAUCCUGUUGUCAAUGAUGGAGAUAUGUAUUUAUGGCGAGAGUUAGGUGUAAAUUCUUGGCCUACAUUUGCCAUUGUUGGACCCAACGGUAAGCUGUUAGCACAAAUAGCAGGUGAAGGCCACAGAAAGGAUCUUGAUUAUUUAGUGGAAGCAGCUCUUCUUUUUUAUGAUCAAAAGAAGUUGUUGGACAACAAACCAAUUCCACUGAACCUGGAAAAAGACAAUGAUCCUCGCAUGCUUACAUCUCCUUUAAAGUUUCCUGGCAAGCUGGCGAUAGAUAUUCUUAACAACCGGCUCUUCAUUUCAGAUAGUAACCAUAACCGCAUAGUGGUGACUGAUUUAGAUGGGAACUUCAUUGUCCAAAUUGGAAGCACAGGAGAAGAGGACUUACGUGAUGGUUCCUUUGAUGAUGCUACAUUUAAUCGCCCUCAGGGCCUGGCUUACAAUGCAAAGAAGAAUCUUCUUUAUGUUGCAGAUACUGAAAAUCAUGCUUUGAGGGAAAUUGAUUUUGUUAAUGAGAAGGUGCGAACUCUUGCUGGAAAUGGGACAAAAGGUUCUGACUACACAGGAGGCGGAAAGGGAGCCUCUCAGCUCCUUAACUCUCCCUGGGAUGUCUGCUUUGACCCUGUCAAUGAGAAGGUCUACAUUGCAAUGGCUGGCCAGCACCAAAUUUGGGAGCAUAGCAUACAAGAUGGGUUUACUAGGGCAUUUAGUGGUAAUGGAUAUGAAAGAAACUUAAAUGGAUCAAGCUCUACAAACACAUCUUUUGCACAACCUUCUGGAAUAUCAGUGUCUCCUGAUCUGAUGGAGGCAUAUGUUGCUGAUAGUGAGAGUAGCUCCAUUCGAGCUCUUGAUCUGAAAACAGGAGGAUCAAGACUGCUAGCUGGUGGUGACCCAGUUUUCUCUGAAAAUUUGUUCAGGUUUGGAGACCAUGAUGGUGUAGGGUCUGAUGUACUUCUUCAGCAUCCCUUGGGUGUCUUAUGUGCAAAGGAUGGUCAGAUUUAUAUAGCAGACAGUUAUAACCACAAGAUCAAGAAGCUAGAUCCAGCUAGUAAAAGAGUUACAACACUGGCAGGGACAGGCAAAGCUGGUUUCAAGGAUGGAAAGGCCCUUGCUGCUCAGCUUUCUGAACCAUCAGGGAUCAUUGAAGCAGAAAAUGGAAGACUAAUUAUUGCUGAUACAAACAACAGUCUGAUCAGAUAUCUAGAUUUGAACAAGGAAAAUGCUGAAAUCCUUACUUUAGAACUGAAAGGAGUUCAGCCUCCUACACCAAAAUCCAAAUCUUUGAGACGCCUUAGGAAGCGAUCAUCAGCUGACACACAGACCAUAGUUGUUAAUGGCGGUUCAUCCAGUGAGGGGAACUUGUAUCUUAAGAUCUCUUUACCUGAAGAGUAUCAUUUCUCCAAGGAAGCACAGAGUAAGUUCACUGUUGAUAUAGAACCUGAAAAUGCUGUGUCUAUUGAUCCCUUGGAUGGAAAGCUUAGUCCAGAGGGAUCCGCUAAACUUCAUUUCAGAAGAUCCACUUCUUCGGCUUUUACAGGGAUGAUUAAUUGCAAGGUGUACUAUUGCAAAGAAGAUGAAGUGUGCUUGUACCAAUCACUGUUAUUUGAGGUACCCUUCCAAGAGGAAGAUCAACAAGCUAAGCCUGCAGAUAUCAAACUUGUGUAUGAUGUGAAGCCCAAAGCAUCAACAAACAGCUUACAGUUAAUUGCCCCCUAAGAUGCUCCUAUAAAUAUGUGUAUAUGUAAAUUCUUCCUUUGUUUUUCUUUUUGUUGUAUUCGUACCAAUAUACUUGUACUUGAUGCAUGGAUAAUUAGCAAUACAUGGCGUUGUACAAGAGAACAAACAAUAUCAUCUCCCUGAUGAUAUGAGCAUACUAUUAAUUUAUGUUAUGCUCCCUUUUGAGGUGGCAGCAGAGUUGCCUUCUUAUGAUUUCAUUUUUCUAAUAUUAAAAAAUGUUGCUAUUA